AUGCCGAUCGCAGCCCCCAUCAACCUAGGAGAUGAGGCGACAUCGCAGCUCAAAAUCUGGAGUACCGAGCCACACGCCAGCUUCAAUGACCAGGAGCUUACGAUUAUGCGCCUAGAGGGCCAGUUCUACUGGCACGUGCAUCCCGAUUCAGACGAGAUGUUCCUCAUCAUCGAUGGGGAUGUGUUCGUCGAGACCCGGGAGGGAAGUACCGAUAUCGCUCAAGAGAGCAAUGUUCCUACCGCCUCGAGGUGGUUGAGGAAGGGCGACGUGUUCGUCGUUCCUAAGGGGACGGCCCAUCGGAGUGCAUCGCCGAAAGGGGCGAGUGUCAUGUUUGGACUUAAGAAGGGAGCGCUGCUGUUCAUGCAGGAGGAUGAGAAGGACCCAGAGGCGGGAUCGCAAGAGUGGUGA